CUGCAGUUCGAAAUUGGCGACGUCGUGCGGAUCCGGGGCCAAACCUACACGUACAAAGUCAUUGCCAUCACCAACUCGCUGAUUACCAUUCUCGUUGUCAAUCCGCAGCCGGAUGGGACCGUCUUGACGUUUAGUCCAAUAUGCCUGCAGAGCGUCGACGAGUCAAGGAUCGAAAAGGUUGAGGACGGGGGAUGA